AUGGCGAAGACAAAACCAAACAAUAAAAAGGCGAAGAAGCGCGAAAGAUCAAUCCUCAACAAAGUUGCGCCAAGUCCGUCGAAACCCUCAAUCCCGCCCGCCUCCCCCUCCGUCCUCCUUGCAGAAGCAACCUUUACUCUCCAACAAGGUGAUAUUGAGGGCGCAGUAAAACCCGCAAAGCGUGCUCUUAGCCUGCUAGACCCAAACUCCGAAGAAGCGUUACCAGCACUCAACCUUCUGGGAGAAAUACACAUUGAGUUAGGAGAUAUAGACACUGCGCGGCAGUACUUCUUGCAAGCGGCAGCUAUUGACGAAGAUGGCACAGUCGGCGAGGAUGUCGGUGGAGGAGCGGAGAAAUUCUUGUGGUUGGCGCAGCUAAGUGAAGAGGGGGGACAGGAUAGUGUGAAUUGGUUUGAGAAGGGGGCUAUGAGCUUGAGGAUACAGAUCCAAGCUCUACUCGACCGCAAGACGUUGGAUGCUGAAAUAGAAGCCAUGUUGCAGGAGAAGAGGAGAAAAUUGGCAGUGGCGCUGUGUGGAGUUGUAGAGGUAUAUAUGACGGAUUUGUCAUGGGAAGAGGAUGCGGAGCAGAAGUGUGAGGCACUGGUCACGGAGGCUACGAUGGUUGCGCCUGGAUUUGCGGAGCCGUGGCAGACGUUGGCUAAUGUUAGGAUCUCACAGCAGAGGAUGGAGGAUGCGAGAGCGGCGCUGAAGAGGAGUCUGGAUUUGUGGAGAGAGUUGCCGCCCGAGAAUGACCUGGUGCCCGAUUUUCCCACGAGAGUUAGUCUGGCAAGGUUAUUGAUGGAAGCAGACAUGGAUGUCGAUGCUAUCGAAGUCUUGGAGAGGUUAGUAAGUGAGGAUGAUAGCAGUGUCGAAGUUUGGUAUCUGGGUGGAUGGGGCUUAUACAUAAUGGGUGAGAAGCAAAAGAAUGGAGAAGUGAAGGCUGAAAACGAGGAUGGAGAGAGCUGGAAGAUCUCAUGGAUAUCGAGCCGACAAUGGCUUAAUCAGAGUCUUCGGCUGUUCAAGCAGCAAGAGUAUGAGGAUAUACGACUGGGGGAGCAUGCAAAAGAACUUCUAGCAUCUCUAAAUGCCGAAUUAGGGGGAGAGGGCGCCAACGAAGAUCAAGAUGAAGAAGAUGGAGACGAAUGGGAGGAUGAAGAUGGCAGUGUGGAAGACGAGGAGAUGACCGGAUCUUGA